AUGGGGGUUUGGGGUUCCUUUGGGGGGUAUUGGGGUGUAUGGGAUCCCUACGCCCCCAUCAACGCCAACGCCAUCAAGGCCGAGUGCUCCAUCCGGCUGCCCAAGGCCGCCAAGGCCCCCCUGAAGAUUCACCCGCUGACCCGGCUGCCCCUCGCCGCCAUCGUCAAGGAGCUGGCUGCCCAAGCCCCCCUGAAGCCGAAGACCCCGCGAGGCACCAAGACCCCGAUCAACCGGAACCAACUGAGCCAGAGCCGGGGGCUGGCGGGGCUGGGGGGCAAGAGGGGCUACGAGGGGGGGGGAGACGGACACAGAGCCCCCCGCAUGAGGGUCGGGACGGCGGCGCUGCCGUUCUCCGCCAACGGGCGCCCCCUGGCGGCCGCGUUGCGCCCCGCGCCUCCUCCCGGCACCAAACGGCAGAAACUGAACCCGGCGGACGCGCCCAACCCCGUGGUGUUCGUGGCCACCAAGGACACCCGGGCUCUGCGGAAGGCUCUGACACACCUGGAGCUCCGCCGCGCCGCCCGCCGCCCCAACCUCCCCCUGAAGGUGAAACCGGGGGGGCUCCCCCUGCGCCCGGGGGGGGCCCUGGCGCCCCCCGCCCCCCCCCCACCCCUCCAGCACCUCCGAGCCCAUCGUGCUCGAGGACUGACCCUCCCUCCCCCGGCCCCACAACCCUUUUGUAUUUUUUUUAUUUCCAUAGAAAAAUCUCGAAAUCUCAGACGCCCCGGUUUUGUAUCUCGGCUGUCCCGGUUCUGUAGCGACAGGAAAUAA